GGCAAAAAUCGAAACAAUAUUUUUCGAAGAUCCUAAAUCGAGAAUGGCAAAGUACGCUUUCUUCUAAAAUGAUCUACGCCGCAUGCCCAUCUUUUCCUUUUUUCAAGAUCUUUGUACUAGCAGAGUUUAGUCGAUCCUUUGUGCCCCUCUUGCAUUCGAUUUGUCCCUGAUCUUGAUUUUGCACCUUUGAUCAUUAGUCACACUGGCGAAAUACCGAGAAAGAAAAGAGACAAAGUUCAUUAUCCUAAAAGAAUUCGAUGAAGCAAAGUCUCUCUUCAGAAGCGCCGUCUCUCUUCAACUGCAACUGAAAGAGGUACAUGAUAGGGAGAUUCUUUAGCCUAUCGAUCAGCAGAAAAGUUAUCAUCUUCCACAACCAAAACUAAGUAGGCUUCUUUUAUGAUCCAUCUGCAUUUUCUGCCCACCAGGCGGGGAAAUAGGGGAUUUUUUUUGUAAUUCAUCGUUGACCGUACGAACGUGUAGUUGCAUUCUGGUAUGAAUUGUUGAAAUCGUUUUCUUAUAUCUUGCUCAGCAAUAGCUGAUGCUAAUUAAAGACAGAGGGCAAAGGCAUAGGUGUUUUCAAGUAGUCAGAGCUUGAUAAAUCAUAGUUGCAGAACUCACUGAAGACGACCGGGAAGAUUCAUUUAGUGGCAGAACUUCCGCCAGUUUAUUUGCAUUUGCAUGUUGCUUCUUUACCUUUACUUAUACAUAGCGUAACUUUUUACAAUCAUGAUAUCCAAACAUAUCACGAGGUCAGGGCAGCACCCUAUCCUACUUAUUCUAAUUUAAGAUAACUCAACAAAAGUUGAAGGACAAAAUUGUUUUCGAAUUCACUCUUCUACUUCUAGAAGUAACAAAACGAGGAUGACAAUCGCACUCGCAGCGCCUCAAGCAGACUUAGAGUCUGUGCUUCUUGCGAUCGGCGGCGAGGAGAAGACUCGUAGUCAGCGCAAGAAGGAAAAGCUGAGACUCAAAAAGCACAUGGAGCAGCAAGAGCUACGUAUGCAGAGACAGGGGACCACAAGGACGAUGGAGACACCAGCUACGGAUUCAUCAAGUACCUCAACUACCACAGCGAUUGUUUCAGCGCCAUCCGCGCCAUCGACGAAAUCGACUUCCGCUUGUUCAACAUCUAGUAGUAGUACUGCAACUUCUACUGGUCGUGCCUUUAAGAUGAAUAAUACUGGUGUAAACAUGAGCAUGAACAACAAGAUUGGAGGAAACGCCUGCACGAAAAUGGCACGGGCUCCAAGGACCAGCAUUACAGAGGAGGACUUGACUUCUUUGAUACCGGAUUUGAAGGCGCAAAAAUCCCAAAGAACUAGAGAAUGUUGUGGCCGAUCAAGUCGGUACUUCCACGUCGACGAUGAGGAGACGCGGUCACCUUCCUCAUCUUCCUCAACAACCUGUGCUUCAUCUGGCGGAAAGAAGGAAGGGAUUUUUCUCAGUGCAAGACGAGACGACCUGAGCACUGGUUCUCCGGCAACAUCUUCAUCAGCUUCUUCCUGUAAAACGACAUCAAGUUGUAGUAGCUCGUCCUCAACAACAAUAUUAAAUAAAGUUACAAUAACAGGGACCACUACUUCCUCUUCUUCCUCCAGCUCUGCAAUCAGACCCCGCCCUACAGCGAUACACAGCGACUUUCACGACCAAGUGUCUCUCCUCGAGCUAGCAGAGAUCCCCAGGGCAACUCUAGCAUCAAGACAAGCCUCCGUUAUAGACCCAGAAAAAGACCUUCUAGACGAGCUGCGAUCUUCUCCCCAUGGUGCAAUGGCGGCAACUAGCGUAGUCUUUCGGAAAUUUGAAGGCGCAGUGAAACCCACCGAACUCGUGGAGCAGGUAUCAUCUAAGUGUGAGAAACUAGAAAUACAAUGCACUACUUCGUAUUUUUCCCUUCACAACUAUAGUGCACUAGUUCUUCUUCAUCUUGUUACUACAACUUGUAUCUAAGGCUAAACUGUGACGAGGGAGAUGAAACUCUACUCCUACCCUACUGUGGUACAGGAGCCUCUAGUUGUACUAGGAGUGCCAGUUAUUCUGAAUGUAGUUUCGCAUUUGUUUUUUAAACAUUGCGCAGAUUUGGGAAGCUGAAUUGCAACGACGGGCUUGUGUUGCGCGGGGAGCGAGUGAGGAAGAGGGGAUAUCGCUACCACUUCUACCAUCGCAGGCGACGACACAGGACGCAGCCUCAAAAACACCGAAGGGAGCAUCAACACCAGGCGGAACUAAGUCAACGAAGAAAAAAGCAAAAGAGAUCACGGUACAAAAAUGAAGAAAUCAAUUAAGUGUUCCUUCUACUUCUUGUGUCCGUCGAUGAUCCUUCCUCAGCACACUGACGUUCUUGAAAUUGAGAUAAGCUUAAGUAAAAGUAAUCUACUAGUAUCCAUCAACCGCAUCAUUUUCUUGACAACAUUUUCAUUUUUCGUGACAUAUUGUUACGACACCAAAACCAAAUACAGGUAACUUUUCAUUCAGAGGUGAGAGCGAACGUCCCACAGGCAACACCAGAGAUGCAGAAGUUAGUAGAACAAGCUAAGGACUUGUUCGCUGAAGAAUUUGAGGAGGAGUUUGCUUCUCAAGUAUCAAAAAAAGGCGGCUACAGACUCACGCUGAUGGCAGAUGAAGCGGGUAAUAUUUUUCUACUUGCUGUUCAGUUGCUUCGUGUCAGAGAUCUUGAUCAAUCUCACUACAGCGUAGCACUGGUGUGAUGGUUUAGACGAUCACAAGAGCUACAUAUUCGAUCAUGCUUUCUGACGAAAUUAAGCAUAGGCAACAACAUAUUAUUUGCUAUGAUUCAUUGCUCCUUCAUCUCCCCACUUAAUUGCUAGACGAUGCAUUUCCCCUUUUCCGUUCCAGGUGACCUAUGCAGCUUUAUUAUGUACAAGACGAACCCCAGCGAGAAGUGCUUGUCUAUCGCGCACGUGGCGGUCCCUUCUACCAAGAGGCGACUGGGCUAUGGCCGACGAAUCAUGAGGUGGCUGAUUCAAUAUGCGAAGAAACAGCCUCGUUCACAGAUUGCAUUUUUAGCCCUCUCCUCUAUGCCAGGGAGCAUUAAAUUCCACCAGAGUCUGGGUUUCAAGAAGAGCGGCAACAAGUUGACGAAGAAAGAAGAUGAACCAGUGAAGGAAAAAGAUAUUGAAUACGCAGAAGGACAAGUCUACAUGACUUAUCCAAUCAAAGGAGGGAAGCGCUAA